GCUCCUAAAUAUAUAACAGAUAGUGCCAUUUAUCGUUCGUUUAUAUAUUAUCAAAUUAAACAUUUUAUUCAAUAGAGGAUAUCACCUGUUUCAAUUUCAUCUCUUUAACAGAUAAUUUAUUUAUAAAUUCCGAACCUCCUAAAGACUUUAUAGCCAUGAGGUCUCCGUGUCCCGCAAUAUUAAUUGCGUUCGUAUUUUUUGUGGUGCCAGCGAUGGGUCAAAAAUACGCAAAGAAGGAGCAGCCGUCGCUCAUCAGCUCGCUGCUGGACCUGCUGCCGGAGGUGGAGGCCAUUGCCUCAGAAAACAACAUCGAGGUCAACGUUCCUCGCAUUAGAAAAAGUCAGCUUGACAACAUUUCCGAAAUCUUCGACAUGUUUGUGCCCUUCAUGAAAGAGGUGAUCAAGAACCGGGCCGAUGAAACUGGUGAGGAAGUUUCAGAAGAAACGCAACGAACCAUCGCAACCAUGGAAAGACUUUUCCCGAAAUUGAUCAACUUCGUGAUUGCCUUAUCAACUCGGCCACAAGUUAAUCCUUCAGAUGAACCUUCCUUGCCUGACUACAGGUCACAUACUGGUAAGAGUUACGGUUCAUCCGAAGAAGAAAAAUCUGGCACAUUUGUCGAACUUCCAACAGUGGACAAAGAGGUUCUGAAAAAAGUUUUCAACAAAACUACCAAGAUCAUUUCACAGAUUUCAAGGGCUGCAAGUUCGGGUGAGAGAAACAAAAAUUCCUCUGGUGAUAAUAAACGAGUCUCCCUCAGGCCUUACUUCAUUGACAACAGCAGCACCACCACAACGAGAAGACCAUAUACACCUCGGAGAAGAACCUACACCAAGCCUACUUCGACUACCACGAAAGCUCCUCGAACUUUUGGAACAUACACAGCGCCAGCCGAGACAACAACCACCGCACCCCGGACAUACGGAACUCCAGCUGCUCCUACAAAGGAUGUCACCUCAAGUAGGAAUGAAGCAACUACAGCACAGUCCUACCCAGCAGAGGAAAGUGACGAGUCCUCUGAAUCUUACACGCGAGGAGCCGACGUUCCAUUCUUCACCCUGCCUACCGCUAGGCGUACUUCUUCGCAGCGUGUCACCAGAGGAUCGCCUUAUGUUGACUCACCUUUGACUCGUCAAUUGAAACCUAGCAAAUAUUACUACGUGUGAACAAAUAACACUGGUAUGAUUGUUAUCAGUAUAUUCACUAAGUCUCGUAUGAAUUUCACAGCUUCGCUUUUUAUCUCGCAUGCCAAUGUAUACGAAACAAUCAUUUAAAAUUUAAAUGUUUUCCAACACAUCUCGUCUUAGAAGAAGGAGAGAUAAACUCCGGAAGCUUCAAAACAGAUACAUCAUCACACCUCUCAAAUCACGAGAUAAUGAUGCAAACAAUGGGAUACACAUGGUGUUGGACCUUUACCUGUCCAUAAUAUGCCUAUUUCCAUUAUAUUUCCUAUUAUUUUCUUACUUGAAAAGAGUAACAAAGAAGGGAUAACAUGUUUCACGCUUUCUGCAGUACGUUAUCGUUGUGCUUCAUUCCCUAUUUGAUUUUCUUGUUCAUGAUCAAUGCAUCGAAGUCGAGAACAAAUGAGCGACAGCAAAUUUUAGUCAAUUUUGUUCGCUUGAUUCUUAAGCAUCUGAAACUGUUGUGUGGUUGUGUUUGAAAUACUUUCUCUAUUAUGAAUUAUUAUCGAGAGAAUUAUUUUUAAAGCUAGCGUAAAGUUAACACUAACUUAAUCUUAAUUUUACGUAAUUUAAAUUUUCUAUUACUUAUAUGAUGCCUAAUUCAAAUCCCCUAUAAUAUUAAGACAAUGUUUUUCACAUUGAAAAACAAGCUAUCAUAUCUACUUCGCUUCUUGAGCUGUUAUACUUUUCCAAAAAAUUCCUUCGCUGAAUAAUGACAUAGUACGACUAAUAUUAUAGAAGAAUGUAGAAGAAGAAAAAGUCAUCAGAGGACAUUUGGGCGGAACACAAUUAAUAGGCAGAAUUAUUCUUGACUGAAGAUGCGUACUUAAAUGUUUGCUGACAAGCCAUGACAUAUGCUUCUUCAAACAAAUCUUUGCCAAAAUGUAAAACAUAUCACAAGUGAAUAAAUUUUCCUCUGCA